UGCGGCGGCCCUAUAACUUAUUGCAGCUGUAUAAUAUAUAUAUAAUAGUGCAGUAAAAAUGAACAGAUUAUAUAGAGAAUUUUUUGGAACACGCAAGAUGAAAAAUAGGACAAUUUCUGAGGCUGCUGUAAUGAAAAACGAAGAAAAUCAAUUUAACACCAAUAGAAAAUCUGUAAAAAAAGCAAAUAUGGAAGAAAACAACCAAAAUUAUAUAAAAGAAAUAAUGGAUAAGAAAGAUUCUUUAAAUUAUAAUUAUGUACUGAAAAAUACUGUCUGUACUGAUACUAAAAAAAUAGUAUACAAUGAUAAUAUCAAUAUAUCCAACCUACAUAAUGUAAAUGCAACUGUUAACAAUUUUGCUGCAAAUAGCAACAACAAAGAAAAUAUUUUGGAUAGCAAUGAAAUAAAACACAAUAAUAAAACUAACACAUCAAGCAGCGAUAUAAGUAACAUUAUAGAUUCAAGCUUAAUCUCUUUGAGAAAAUCUGAAACUGAAAUAUAUGAAUUUCUUAGUACUAAUCAAUCAACAAAUUGCAACAUAAAUAAUAAAUCAAGCGAUAUGAAUUUAAAUGAAGAUUAUAUACAUAAUAAUAUUACUGAUAUUGAAAAUGAAAUCUUACCAAUACAAAAUACAAACAAAAAAAAGUCAUUAUUAAGAAAAACUACAUUAGAGAAAAAGGAUGCAUGUGAAAACAUAAUUAUAGAUAGUUCUUCAGGUCUUAAUGUACAAAUUAAAAAUCAAAUUGAAAAUAAUUCUAAGAAUAAUGAAGUGAGAAAUUAUUUGAAUCCAAAUGGAUAUUAUAUGUCCUCUGAUUGCGAGGAUAAUAUAAUAAAUGAUGUUUUUUUAAAUGAGACUAGUAAAUUAAAUAAACAAUUAAAACAGACAUCUGAAACUGAAAUAGCAUAUUGUGAUAUUCAGAAAGGUGAUACUACUGUCAAAGAGUCAAAAAAACAAUUGUGUAGUUCUCAACAAUUAGAUAAAGAUUUCACCCAGUUUACGAUCACAGAACAAGAAGAAAGUUUAAUGACUAAAAACAACGGAAUGCAAAUCAAAAAUAUUUUACCUUCUGUUUCCAAAAACAUGCAUGAUAAGGAAAUCACAACAUAUUUGAAUAAUGAUUGCAAUAAUAAUUCAAAAAGGAAGUGUAUAAUUACUGAACAUGUUAGAUAUAGUAAACCAAAGUAUAUUAUUUUAAAAGCAAAUUCAAAAGAAAUUAAUGAAAGAGAAAAUAAACAAGAAAUACUUACAUGUCCUGAGAGAAAGAAACAUAAGCAAUCUAACGAUCUGAAAAAUAACGUAUCAUAUUCAAAUUUCUCAAGUUAUAAUGAUAGCAAUGGUGAUAAUUCAUGGACAAAUGUAACUCAAGAUACUACUAGCGAAUAUAUACCAAAUGAAACUGAAAGUUUAGAAAUUAAUAAAACAGGAGUAACAACAAACUCAGAAAAUAGUAUUAAUGAAGUAAGUAAUGUACCUGAAAAAAAGAAAUAUAAUGAAUUCAAGUUUAAUAUUCCUGGAAAUAGUGCCUGUGAUGAAUCUGAACUAAUUACUGAAUUAUCACGUGGUCCUCAAGGAAAUAAUAAAAAAAAUUUUUGUCUAUUUUGUCACACUCUGCAAAGUAAAAUAGUGCGUCAUUUGGAAAGCAAACAUUGUGAUGAGGAUCUAGUCAAAGAUUUUAUGCAUUUACCAAAAGGAUGUGCUGAACGUUUGCGUAAAAUAGGAAAUGUUAGAAAAGAAGGAAAUUUCAUUUUUAAUGUAACAAAAGAAUAUAAUCAUGGUCGAAUGAUAACAGUUCGAAGACCUAGACAAAAAGAAAAACGAUAUGGUAUAAAUUUUGUUAAUUGUCCAUAUUGUAAUGGAUUUUAUGCUCGAAAUAAUUUAAGACAUCACGUUCAACAAUGUAACGAAAUUGAAGGAUCACUUUCUUCGCGAACACUUUUACAAAAUGCUCGGCGAACUAUUGGCAGAUAUCAUCCAGAAGCUAGUAGAAGAAUGAGAAUAGAAAUAUUACCUAUCUUGCAAGAAGAUGAAGUUACUAAAACUAUUAGAUACGAUCGUGCUAUCAUUCUAUAUGGAAAUAGUAUGUGUAAAACACAAAUUCAUCAACAUCAAAAUACUUAUAUACGAGGUCAUUUACGUCUUCUAGGUCGUUUGGUAUUAGCCUUGAGAAAUCGAAACUCUGCAAUCAAUACUUUAGCAGACGCAUAUGCUCCACAAUUUUAUAGAACUGUAAUUGAAGCAAUUAAUAAUGUUGCAGAAUUAGAUUACAAAACAAAUAUGUACAAACAUCCGACUAAUGCGUCUACUCUUGGUACUUGUCUAAAAAAAAUUGGCAAAAUCUUAGAUGUUACAUAUAUGAUAGAUAAAGAUUUAAUGAAACGCAAAGAUGUUGAUGAUUUUAUGAAAAUAUAUGACGUAGAUUUUAGCGGAACUAUAAAUAAAAUAGUAACAGAAACUUGUACAAAAGUAAAACGACAAAAAAAGACCAUAUUACCCCGAACAUGUGAUAUUAAAACUCUUACCGCUUAUUUGAAAAGAAAGAUGGAAGAAUAUACAAAAACAUUAACACAAGAAUUUUCAUAUGCCAUAUGGAAAUCAUUAGCAGAGGUAACGCUCAUCGCUAUUCAGGUGUUUAAUCGUCGUCGAGCAGGCGAAACAGAAAGAAUUUUAAUUGAGGAUUUUAAAAACUAUGAAUGUGCCUGUGGGACAGGUUCUACGUGUAAAAUUUCUACACAGAAUUCUGACAGGACUCAUAACUAUGUUAGAUUUACCAUUCGGGGUAAAUUACGUAGAACUGUUCCAGUACUGUUAGAUGCGCAUAUGUUAAAAAGUACUCAACUUUUGCUACAAUUUCGAGAAGAUGCUAAUGUGUCAUCAGAUAAUCCUUUUUUGUUUGGAUUACCCAGUAAUGAAAAUGAGAAUAAACAUUUAGAUGCUUGUAAACUAAUGCGAAGUUUUGCAAGCCUAUGUGGAGCAAAAAAUAGCUUCGCACUUCGUGGAACAACUUUGCGCAAACAUGUUGCAACAAAAUGUGUGGAUUUAAACUUAUCGGAUAAUCAAAUAACGAGAGUAGCAAACUUCAUGGGUCAUCACGAACAUAUCCACAAAGAAAUCUAUAGACAACCUGUUGCUAAAGUCGACAUACUGGAAAUGUCAAAAAUUUUAGAAAAAGCUCAAGGCAUGGAUUCAACAGUUUCUAAUUAUGGAACUGAUAUAACUAUCAACAGUGAAGACAAUACUUUUUUCUUCAAUCAAGAUGUAUCACAAACAUUUAAUGAUAUAAGUGAAACUUCUACUAAUACUUCAAUAGAAAAGAAGAAAAAUAAGAUUGAGAAAGAAGAACAAAAAGUGAAGCAAAAACUAAUUAUACAAAAUAAAAAAAGAAUACGAAAGAAUACAAUAAAAAAUAUACAAAAUGUACAAAAAUUGAAUAAAAGUAAAGGUAAAUCUUGUUUAUGCUUAUCUUCUUACUGGUUUUUUUUGUUUAAUAUUUAUUCCAAAAAGUUAUGUACAUCUGUAACAUUUACAUAAACUUAAAGCAGGAAAGAAACAAAUUUCACCGAAGAAACAAAAUGUUUAUUCCAAAAAUAAAGGUUUAAUUUAUCGAAAAUAUUCAGAUAGUGAUUUAUCAGAUUAUAUAUUAAAUACAAGUUUAAGCAGCUCUAGUGAGAGUACAAUCAAUGUGCCAAAAAAA